AUGCCAGAUUUGAUUUAUGAUUCCGAAUUGGCUGUGCAAGCCCAGGCAUGGGCGAACGAGUGCGAAAUUCGUACAGAAGAACUCGACUAUCGGUAUACCAGAAAGAAUGGACAUUUCGGCCAGAAUAUUUUUCGAAGUGUUUCCUUUGGACAUGCAUUCGAAAGGACACCAAAUGUGACGCAUACACUCAGAUCGUUUGGGCCAAAUCGGAAGCGAUAG